GGUGAAAGCAACAUCUCCUGCCCGCUUUCAGACAGAACAGCGGAAAAGCGUUUUAGUUGUGUUCCCUUCUAAAACUUUGAUGCAGCACAACGCGAAGAUGUGGAUUUAUACCCUCCUCUUGCCUCUCUUCGUCGUUUCUUACUCUGAGGGCAGGAGAAAUGCGCUCCAGGACUACCAGAAGACCGAUGGUAUACGUCUGGUCGUGGUCACUCCCGAUUCCUCCCACCUGACCAAAAACAGGAAACUGAGCAUGGCCAAGUGUGCCAAAGCGUGCAGUCGCAACAAGAGACUCCCCUUCACCUGCAGAGCGUUCCUCUAUGAUCAUAAAAACAGGAAAUGCCAGUGGCUGUCGUUUGACAGGAACUCACCAGGAGCUCAAACCGAGCAGGACUUCAACUACCAACUCUAUCAAAAGAAAGACUAUGUUCGGGAGUGCAUUGUGGGUGCCGGUCAGAGCUACAGGGGUCGGAGGUCGGUGACAGUGAGCGGGAUCCUGUGCCAGGCAUGGGCCUCUCCUUUCCCUCAUGAACACAAAUUCACGUCCAAGAGGUUCAGGAAGAAGGACCUCCGGGAAAACUACUGUCGCAACCCAGACAACUCCACCGUCGGCCCCUGGUGCUUCACCACCGACCCCCGGCCACACUUCAGACACCAGGAGUGUGGCAUACCUCAGUGUUCACAAGUUGAGUGUAUGUCCUGUAACGGGGAAGAUUACAGAGGACCAAUGGACCACACAGAAAGUGGAAAGGAAUGCCAGCGCUGGGACCUGGACGGACCACACAAACACCUGUACCAACCCAAGAGGUAUCCUGACAAAGGCCUGGAUGACAACUAUUGUAGGAACCCAGACGGACGCCACAGACCCUGGUGCUUCACCACCGACCCCAGCACACCCUGGGAGUACUGUGACAUCAAAGUUUGUGAAACAUCUCCCAAAAGCAAUCUGGUUGAAACCACGCAAUGUUACCAGGGCAGAGGAGAAAGUUAUAGGGGGACAAUGGACAUAUUGCCCACCGGCCUGACCUGCCAACACUGGGACUCCCAGUACCCCCAUAACCACACAUUCAUACCUGAAGCCUACCCUUGCAAAGACCUGAGAGAAAACUACUGCCGCAAUCCAGAUGGCCAAGAACUCCCCUGGUGCUUCACGACGGACCCAAGAGUCCGCACGAUGUCCUGCACCAACAUCGUUCAGUGCGGCACCCAAAACAAGCCUGUCAGUGACUGCUAUGAAGGCUUUGGAGAGAAUUACCAAGGAGAGCUGUCAAGGACUAGAUCAAACCUGCCCUGUGCUCCCUGGAGAGACCACAGCACCAGUGGCGAGAGGGGAAUGCUGAUGGCCGGGCUGGAGGGAAACUACUGCAGAAACCCUGAUAAGGACAAACAUGGUCCCUGGUGCUACUCCAACAAUUCUGCCAUUCCCUGGGACUACUGCAAUGUCAAACCAUGUGACUCUUCUCAGAACACCAUUCCACUGGCCUUCUCUACAGGUGAGCUGCCCUCUGUGGGGUGCUUUGUCCAUAAAAGAACCAGGAUAGUUGGAGGAGCUCCAGUGGGCAUAUCUGACGGCAGUUGGAUGGUCAGCAUACAGAAAGGGUCGAUGCACUGGUGUGGAGGCUCACUUAUACGAGAGGAAUGGGUGCUCACUGACAGACAGUGCUUCUCCUCAUGUGUUCCAGACCUCAGCGAGUAUCGGGUGUGGUUAGGAGUCUCAGAUAUUGGAGACGGCGCUCCCGACUGGUCCAUGAGACAGGAAGUCAGCAUAGCUCAUGUGAUAUGUGGUCCUGAGGGCUCCAGCUUAGCCCUCAUAAGGCUGUCUAAGCCUGCCCUUCCAGCAGACAAUGUUCAUACAAUUCAGCUACCUGUGGCUGGGUGCUCAAUCCCAGAAGGAACGAUGUGUAAAAUGUACGGCUGGGGAGAAACUAAAGGCACUGGCCAUGAUGACGUACUAAAGGCGGUCAGCCUACCCAUCGUCAACAACGAAAGGUGUAGAGAGAUGCACAGAGGGAGCCUUCACAUCACCAACACCAAGAUCUGUGCAGGAGGCAAACGGAACGAGGGAGUGUGUGAGAGGGAUUACGGCGGCCCUCUCGUUUGUCAGGACGGCGACAUCAGGGUGAUUGUGGGAGUCAGCGUCCACGGCAGAGGCUGCGCCCGCGCCAACCAGCCUGGCAUCUUCAUCAACGUGCCCUUCUACACGCAGUGGAUCUACAAGGUCUUCAGAUACUACCCCAACCCGGAGACCAUCUAGAGACUUCAAAAAGGACCAAAAACACUCUCCAUGGGGACUAAACAAACCUAGAGCUGCUACCUUAUGUAAACCCAGCAGUACACUCAGGACACAUGGUUUUUCUAUGUUGUUCAUAUCUACAUUUCCCACAGACUGAUAUGAAUCUGAUUGAAGGAAACACUGUGAAGUAAGACUUGAACACACCAUGUGGUCAAAUGAAGAGUAAAAGUGGAUGCCAUUCAUAUCUUAGACAUAGGAUAUAGAUUGCUAAAGCAGCUAAUGGUAAAAGAAGGGACCAUUUAAAGGGAUACUUCACCCAUUUGCAUUAAGCUUUGUAUCAUUAGUAACCUGGUAGUAUUUUUGAAUGGUCAUGUAUCGAAUGGUCCUCAUUUCCCCCUGAGACUGGAAAGUUCUGUAUUUCUGAGUCUGAAAAGGAGCUUCCAGUGACGCAAAAAAAUCGUAAUUUUGCGUCAUCGGAAGCUGUUGCGGUUAGCGGGGUGAAACUACAACGCUAGUUCCUCAUAUUUUCGACAACUGAAGCGACAGACCAAUCCCUCUGGGAUUAAUAAAGUAUUUCUGAUUCUGAUUCUGAAAUAGAGGACCUUAGUGGGAGUGGCCUGCGGUGCUGUGCAUUCUGGGAUUUAGUGUAUUUCAUCCACAUGAGCCAAAAAGACACUUUCUGCCUUUUCUCGGCCAAGAAGGCACCAACACCAAAAUGUAUUUCACAUUUCUACAUAUAUGACCCAAUGUCAAUACAGAUUCAUGUUUCAACAGGUGAAGUAUCCCUUUAAACUGUUAUAUGUGACAGUAACAAGGACAUAUAUAUCUUGGGUUGAGUUCGGAGCAAACCAGGCAUUUUUUUUGUUACUUUAAUUCCUUUUGGUAGCAGAUUCACCCGAGUGGUAUGUGUGCAUGUGAAUACUCUUGAUUCCUGGCAUUACUUGAAUGUUUUUUGAACACCAAAGUGCUGUGGUUCAGAAGCUCCCCCUCUGUCGAGUACAUCAAUGGGCCACUUAGAAAAACCAUCCAGAGGUAGGGCAAUGUUAAGGGGCACUCUUUACCCAGCUCCAAGCAUCUUAAAGGGGCUUGGAUGAAAGUGGUUCUUACUGUACAUAGUAUUUUAAUGAGUGUAUUUGUGACACUCUUAAGCUGAUUUGGGUCUUAUAGAUCUAUGACAAGAGAUCGGUGAUGUCGUGUUCGGCGUAUUAAUGAUGUACAGUGUUGUAAUCUGCAUUUCAGCUUUUGGUCUAUAGGUUUUGUUUUUGGCAGUAUGGAAACACCAAAAUCAAAUUCCAUUCAGCUUUUCAGGAUUUUAAAGUCAACACGUGACUGUUUAGAGUAUACAUACUCUUUGCAUUCUGUGUAGUUUUGAAGGAAUGCAUAGCUAGUAAUAAGGCCUUAUAGGAUUUGAAUAAAGCAGGACAUGUAACAUUGAAAAAACCAAAUAUUUCCUUGAACUCAUGUUUUGAUUCAGUGUCAGUGUGGGUAUGUGUGUGAAUCUGUUUUUGUGCAUUUUCUCUGCAGCAGUGUCAGUAUGUCAAAAGACAACUGCAGAAGUGUGUGUGUGUGUGUCUGUGUGUGUGUGUCUGUGUGUGUUAGUGUCGGAGCAGGAGCUGAAUGAAUUAUCCUCUCCCCACACUCAGACCUUGGCGGACCUCCAGUUCCAAUCCACUCUGGAUAUAAGCGUCACAAAGACUGUCACUUCAAACUUUGUCGGGGAGAAGAAGAAGAGACUCUUUUUGUAGCGACAUUGUCUGUAAUUGUGGCUCCUUAACGGCCAUUGAAACAAAUUAACACAGCUCCUCUGGUAGUGUGAAUGACUGAGAUAGCUUUUUAUUAAAACUGCAUUAUGUCUGUGAGAGUGAGAGAGAGUGUGUGUGUGGUUGUGUGAGCGCUGAAAGAUGCUGCAAGCUGCUAUAUUCUACAGGUUGUACAGUAAUGUCUUAAUGUUCCUCUGUAUUAUAUACAUUCAUUAUAAAGUGUCAUCUUAACCGAAAGUGUUAAACCUAAUUUUCAGCAAUUAUUUUGAAAUGUUCAAUAAUG